GAGGACGAAGGUACGGACGUACGGUGAAGCCUCCAUAGGACACGGCUAUGGAAGAACACAAAGGGGUGAAAAUAAUAAAAUGAAAGAGAAAAAGUUUGCGGUGGUGGGAGUCGUGAUCAGCUGGUGAGUUCGUGAUUCCCCUAAUGCUGGCUCUGGUUUAGCUCCGUCGCGCCUCUACUCUUCUGCACGACAAUCUCUCCCUCUCUCUCUUUCCCUCGUAUCGGUUAACUCAACACUGCACUGGCUCUUCGCUACUCGUACAUUUGUGUCUCGCUUCGUACUCGUACACAAUUCGCGUUGGGUUCACAGACGUCGGCGGUCCGCACUACGGGACCAACCUUACCAGCGCCAUUCAAUAAAAAAUCCAGUGUGUGUGUCGUACGUCGGUGGUUGAUAAGACGUACCGAGAAAUGGAAGAAGCUGAAGAGAUAAAGAGACUGACGGAUAAUAAAUUGAGUACGCGCAUCAGCAUCAUCACGUUUAUCCUGGACGUAGCAACCGACUACGAGGAAAGAUCAGUGACAGCGAUGCUCAACGUGUCUUUGUAACCUGGUGCAACUGCUGGCUCUGUUACGAGUAACUGUUAUGAUAAAUAUAUAUUAUUAGUUCGGUUGCUGGAAAAACCCGCGAAUCCGGAGGAUUAAGAGCUCCGAGGAAAAGUUAUUGUCCGGGUGUGUCGUGAUAUUUAAUCAUCAUCAUCAUCACCGAGUCUGAUAUUUUUAUUUUAUUUUUUAAAAUUAUUUAUAAUUUCCCGGUAAUUAAUUCAAAGUAUCGGAUACGUGACCAGUGACGGGAUCGCGAGUGUUUUUAAAUAAAAAUAUAAUUUAAAUAAUUAAAUUAUACCACAGUCGGUUUUUUUUGUAAACAAAUUUGCAAAUUCAUAAAGAAGAAGGAUGUGGUGCCUCGUGAGCCAGGCGAACUCGGUGAUCCUGGAGGUACAGGUGGAUCCUCGGGCUAUAGGUCGCGAAUGUUUGGAGAAGGCUUGCAACUGUCUUGGAAUAAGUAAAGAAUGUGAUUACUUUGGACUUAAAUAUCAGAAUGCUAAGGGCGAAGAGCUUUGGUUAAAUCUACGUAAUCCCAUUGAGAGACAAACAGGCGGAGUUGCACCUCUGCGGUUUGCGUUGAGAGUUAAAUUCUGGGUACCGCCUCACUUAUUAUUACAAGAAGCAACCAGACAUCAAUUCUACUUGCACUCGCGUCUGGAACUGCUGGAGGGCAGACUUAAAGUUACAGACUGGGCAUCAGUUGCAAGACUAGUGGCAUUGUUGGCGCAAGCUGAAGCUGGGGAUUACGAUCCAUUGUCUCCACCGCAUGGGCUUUAUUCCCAGUGCUGUCAAAUUCAGCCCGGCGGUCCUUGCGAACCUAAACCCCACGAUUUUCUCCAUCGAAUAAUUCAACAGCACAAAGAAAUAAAAGGAAUGAAAGCUUCAACGGCCGAGUACUGGUUGCUGAAGGAAGUAUCGAAUUUGGAUACGUUCGGCCAGGAAAUGUUUCACAGUAAAUUUGGUUCAAAUGCGGUGUCGAUGAUCGGCGUUGGACCCCACGGAAUCACCGUCUACCGCGGAGAGAACGACGAGAAACAAAAUAUACCCUACACGGCCAUACAGAGUGCGACAUCCCAGAGACGGAUGUUCCACCUGAUCUACCUGUCUCUUGACGGUGAAGAAACGUCAUUGGACUUUAAAUUAGACUCUAGUCAAUCAGCGAGUGGAUUGUACCGGGCUAUUACGGAAAAACAUGCCUUUUACAGCUGUGAAACCGUCAGGAGCGCCGUCACUGCUCAGUUUAUACGUGAUCUCAAGGGAACUAUUAUUUCUAUUUUCAACGAGGACUCGACCCUGGGUAAAAAAUAUGUCUUCGAUAUCCGUAGAACUUGCCGGGAGGUGUAUGAUAAUGCUCGGAGAGCACUUUACUGCGAGGCUGUGAAUAUUGGGUUGCCAGACGAAAGUCAACUUCUAGAUAAGCAUGACUGUGGAGAUUGUGAAAAUUCAAAGUGCAAGGAGUCCCGAGAAUGCCUUGCACGACUAUUGGACGCGAUGCUCUGUCGAAUUUGCAUGGAUCGUAGCUUGGACACGGCAUUGUUUCCAUGCGGACACGCUGUUGCUUGUGUUGAAUGUGCACGUCGCUGUGAAAGGUGUCCCCUUUGUCGUGCCGAUAUCGAUCACUGUAGAACGAUUUACCUACCGAUUGAAUUCGCUCACGUAGACAGCAACAAACACAAUAACAACACCAUCAACAACAACAAUAACAACAACUUCAAGCAACUGCCGAUGGACAGAGGCGAGUCGACGUUGAGCAUUAGUCAGUCGGAAGAUGUUAUCAACCAGGCAAAUCCGAGGAAUGAUACCGAUAUCAGUAGUCACGGCAUUUGAGAACGACGUGACAAAUGGAGAUCCCUAGUGUUCAGCAGAAUUUUGCGGAUUUUCACCUGUGGUGUCGAGCGCAUUCAUCAGCUCGAAUGAACAAAAUUAUACUGACGAUACCAACUUUUUUAAAUUAUCAUUUCUCAGCAUAGUCAUUUGCUUUUAUCAUAUAAAUAAUAUAUACAUAUAUAUUUACGUCAUGUGAUCUUUUUUAUAUUUCAAUUCAUACCAAUUUAACAUUUAAAUAUCUUUUAUUAUUAUUAUUAUUAUUGUUAUUAUUAUUACAUAAAAUACUUGACAAUCUAUGCUACUUUAUUAAGAUGAUCAGGAAAUUUUAAUUGUCUUUAAGAACUUGUUGACUAUUGAUACAAAUUUUUUUUAAAAUUUAAAUUCAAUUAAACUGAUUGUGUUUACACUUUUCUUACGCUGCGAUUAAUAACUUUGGUGUUUAAAUAGAUAUGAUGUUGUCAAUAUGGCAAAAAAAAAAAAUAUUGGAGGAAAAAUAUGUAUAACUAAAAGUGCUAUUAGCAGAUAAUUAUUGAAUACGCAUAAUUGGCGUCUGGCGUUACGAUAUUAUUAGAAAUUUAAAUAUAAACGGACCAAUAUAUUUUUUCUCGCUUUCAUUAUUCAUUACUUAUUAAUUUUAUUAAUAUUAUUAUUAUUAUUAUGAUUAUUAUUAUUAUUAUAUAAUGUCAUAUUAACAUAAAAAAAAAAUAAAAAGUCACUUGUCAGCAUAAUAAACAUUAACUAUUUUUAUCAACUUGUGACUUGAAUUAAAUAAUUAAUGACAAAACAUUACGAAAAAUGUUAAAUCGUUAUCUUUAAAAUAUGGUGAAUAAAUUAAAGCGUUUAUUACUCACCAUGAUACGUGUAUAUUUAAAUGUAUAUAUAAACAACCCGGUUAAAAUUAAACGUCGACUUAAAGUAUGAAUCUACUUUUAAUUCCAACGAAUAAAACAAAACUAUAAUAAUAAUAAUAACAAUAAAAAUAAAAAUAACCCAUCAAGCGUAAAUGUCUGAGCAUUUUUUGUCUGCGGGCAAGUAAAUGAUAACAGAGGAGACUGAAAGAAUUAAAAAGAAAUAAAAAAAAUUUAUAUAUGUAUACAUAUAUUUAAAUAAACAAAAAGUCGAGCGAAUGAUUUUAUUAAUAUAUUCAGCGAGCCCGGGAAUAAUAAUCAAGAUAACGUUUUAUUUAAAAUUCUUAAUUGUUUAACUUUUAAAUAAUUUAUUAAAUAAGCUGACAAAUUUGAAUAAAUAUGGCGAUCGUUAUAGUCAUCCAUCAAUGCAAUGUAUAUUUACUUUUAAUUAUUAUUAUUAAUAUAAUAAGGAUACAUACAAAUAUAUUUUAUUUGCAGAACAAAUAAUAAAUUGACCAGCUCUGGUAAAUUAUCUUUUAUAAUUUGUUAUCACGACUCAUCAAUAUCAUUAAUAAAUAUGUUAUUGAUAUGAUUAAUAUACAUGUAUCGAUAAUAUUAAUGUUGAUAUUAAUUAAUUAAUAUAUAUAUUAAUUAAUUAAUUAUUUAUUGUGAUUAUCUAGACAUAUGGAAUGAAUAUAAGUAUCGUAUAUAGUGAGUAGUAAUCCACUAACUGGCGAAAAAAAUAAAUAAAUAUAUAUAUAAGACAUAAAAAGAGAUUACCAAAUGGUAUCUCAUAUAUAUGUAAUAAUAAUAAUUAAUAUUGUCGUUUGCAAAGAGUAUUUUUAAAGUAUUUUAAAUUAUUUUUUAGUAUUACGUCAACUGGCGUUAAAUACAUGCGAGUAAAAUAUAAAUUUUCAGAUAAUAAAAUAUUAAAUAAAUGCAUAAUAAAUAAAUAAAUAAAUAUAUCGUAUGAAAAAUAAUAAUGUACACACGGCCUGUUCCAAUAAUAUUAAAAAAUGUGACAGAUAA